CGCGGCCCCGCCCCGUCAGUCGGUGCGUGGCCGCCGGGCCGGACGGACGCGCUACCGCGGGGCUCCGCGAUCGCUGCCAUGGCCGACCCUGCCACACAGUCCCCUUUCGUCUCCUCAUCCUCCUCCUCUUCCUCCUCCUUCUCCUCCGGGCAGCCCCAGGUCGGAGGCUGCGGGGGCGCUGGCUCCGCCUCCUGCGCCGAUCCCCCCGCUUCUUCCUCUUCCUCCCAGCCUGUCUCUCUCUUUGCGGCUUCACCAGCGGGUGCUGAAGCGGCACUGGGGGGACAAGGAGGUCGGGGAACCUUCCUCCCCGCCCCCCACCUCGCCGCCGCCUCCUCCUCCUCUUCCUCGGGAGCCCCCCCUCAAAAAGAACCGGAUUCCCCCGAAUCACCAUUCGAGGUCGUACCGGAUCGCGCCGCUUUCGACCGAGAAUACGGCACCGCGCUGCUGGGAGAGCGCGAGGUGCUGAGUCAAAUCCCCGAGGAUCGCGUCUGCGACUUCCCGGCAAAACCCCGCGCCGGCAGCGCCGGCGUCACGGCGAAGAUCCCCGCCGGAUUGUGCCGACAAACAUCCGGCACCGCCGCGGCGUUGGAAGAGGUGUCCAAGUGCGUCCGGGAGAUGCAUAGUUUCACCAACGAGUUGCUCAGCUGGGAUUUGGUGGAGCGUAACGGCAUCGGUAACGGCCUCACCGGCGGUAACGGCCUCACCGGUAACGGCCUCACCAGUAACGGCGUCACCGGGAACACCGGCGCCGAAGCCGACAGCUCGGGUGACUCCGACGACACCGUCAUCGAGGAAACGCCGGUUGAGGACGUCACCGUCCCCCGGCACCACGUGACCGCCGGCGGCACCGGCAUCACCGUCGUGCCGCCGCCCCCCCUCCUCCCCGAACCGUCCCCCGGUGCCGCCGCCCGGGAUUGGGAGGAGGAGCGGAUGACCCUGCGGGCGCUGCGGGAAUUGGGGGAGCCCCCCCGAGGUACCCCAAAUCCCCCCGGGGUCCCGGCUGAACCCCCCGCAGGGACCCAGCUCCUCCCCCGCCUGGCAGCCCACGACCUCCUCUUCUGGCGGGACGUGAGGAAGACGGGGGUCGUCUUCGGCGUCAGCUUCAUCCUCCUCCUCUCCCUGGCCACCCUCAGCGCCGUCAGCGUGGUCGCCCACCUCGCCCUGGCCCUGCUCUCCGUCACCAUCAGCCUCCGCGUCUACAAAGCCGUCAUCCAGGCCGUCCAGAAGUCGGAAGAGGGGCACCCCUUUCGGGCUUACCUGGAGCAGGACGUGACCUUGUCCCCCGAGACCUUCCAGGCUCAUGCCGCCGCCGUCGCCCUCCACCUCAACCAGGCGCUGCGGUUCCUCCUCCGCCUCUUCUUGGUGGAAGAUCUGGUGGAUUCCCUGAAGCUGGCCUUGGCGAUGUGGCUGCUGACCUACGUGGGAGCCGUCUUCAACGGCAUCACCCUCCUCAUCCUCGCCGAGCUGUUGGCCUUCACCCUACCGCCCCUCUACGAGAAGUACAAGGUGCAGAUCAACCACUAUGUGGGUAUCGCCCGUCGCCAGACCAAGGACAUUGUGGCCAAGAUCCAGGCGAAGCUCCCAGGCCUGGCCAAGAAGAAGCCGGAAUAAAACCCCGGGGGUGGCGGGGAAAUAUCGGGGUGCCCGGCUGGUGCCCCCACCCCCAAAGCUCGUCUGCCCCACCCCAAGUUCAUCACACCCCCCCCCAAACUCAUCCCCCCCCCCCCCAAAAGCUCGUACACCCCUCCCAUAUCUCACAGUGGCGUCUGUCUGUCCUUCCACACCCCCCCCCC